AUGGUUCUCCUAACGGGCUGCUGUUGUCCGGAUAUUUUGAGCGAGCAAACCAGGGCGGAUUUCCCCGCUGGUGUAUUUGACAAUGUUCAAGUGGUUCGGAGUUGGAGUUAUGUGAAUGUUACAUAUGCAAAAAAUGUGGAUCAGCAAGGGCAGGCCCAAGUCCGUUCCUUAAUAGCCAACGGAGGAGGUGAGGCGGAUGAAGAACUACGUUUUGAAGAUGAAGAUGAAGACGCCGAAGUUGAUCAUCUUGUCGCUUUGAUAAAAGAUGAUUUCCCCUUCGAGCACAAUAGUUGGCGUGGUGGAGUGAAGGCGGAUGAUGUGAAUGUUUCAACCUCGACGGAUAGCGGCGCCGCAGAUGGGGGAGAUAAAAGUGAUUGUGGCUCACCACUGGGGACAGAGGGGCGAGAAAGAAGUGAAAUGAGGCAGGGCAAUGGCUCGGAAAGGUGCCGCACCAACCCGGCAACAACAGAGAAAGCAGCGUCCGGAGUAGGCGCCGGGGUUGAUGUCGAAGAAAUUAUUACCCGUGCCGCUGAGGUGUUUCAAAGUAGGGCAGUGGACAUGUGGGAGACAUAUGUGAAGCAGUUGAAAGAUCAUAUAGCCACUGCUGUUGAUACAAUUCGGACUGAGCUUAAGGACCUGGUUGGUGAUGCCAAUAAUAGUACCAGGCAGAGUAACCAUUCCGGGGAAGGUAUCCACACAGGGACGAGGACGCCACCCGUUGAUAUGGACGACACUCCAACCUGUUCCGGUGGACGCAAAAAGGGAAGAAAUGCUCCGACAUGGCGGAGGAGGACAGACGGAACGCCUCUGCCAUCAGGAGGCCCCGUUUGUAGGCCUCGCACACGGAAUCAGAAAGCCGUUCCUGAAGCUAAGAAAUCCGAGGAAACCGCUGUGCCUCGGCAACGGAAUGGGGGAGGAUGUAGCAGACGUUCAGGUGUUGGCGGAGGGAAUACAUCGGAGUUCAGUUCAGCUAUUAAUUUGGAUUCCCCCGAUGAGACCUCAAGGACGGAAUGUGGUCCCCUAGCGGAGAAGGGUCGCAGUGUUGCGGAGGACGAAGUGCCUAUCUCCAGCUUCAUGCGCAGUCGUUCGGCUGGAAAUGGUGAACCCUCCCAAAGGUAUGAUGUAGUAUGCUCGUUUUACAGGUCCGUCAGAAUAGACGAUGGUAUCAACCUGGAGACGGAGUUACUGACGUCCUUAUUUGCCACCGUCGAAAUCGUCGAUGUUCAGACAGUCGCAGCAGUGGUUAAAUGUAUAAGAAUACGUGAUGCGGCAGCUGCGGUUAGAGAUUACAGCAAGAAAAGAAGAAGUCAUUCUUAA